ACAAGCAUGGUACUGUCAAGUGAAAGAUUGUUGUAUUGCUUUAUCAGUUGAGCACUGCGAAACAAUCACUUCAAUAGUUUCUUUAAAAUACAUUCUCGAUAUACUAAAUAUCGUAACGUUUAAACUUGUUACAAACUAACCAUGUUAAACGACGUACCAAAAAGAAUACUGAAAAGCUCGGAAUCAACGGAGGCUGAUGUUCGUGAAGAUGAGGAACAAGCGAAAAAAUUUCAAGAUAUAAUUGAUUUGCUUUUGGCGGCAGGAUAUUUCCGAGCUAGAAUAAAAGGUUUAUCAAAUUUCGAUAAGGUAAUUGGUGGGAUGACUUGGUGUAUAGAAUCCUGUAAUUUUGAUAUAGAUAUUGAUUUACUAUUUCGUGAAAAUUUAACUAUAGGUCAAAAAAUUUCCUUAACUGAAAAAAUUGUAGCUAUGCUACCCAAGAUGAAUUGUCCAUAUAGAAUAGAACCACAUCAAAUUCAAGGUUUAGAUUGCAUUCAUAUCUUUCCUGUCAUUCAGUGGUUAGUCAAACGUUCCAUGGAAACCAGAGAUCAAAUGGCUGAUUUUGUUCGAUCAUUUGCGCUUAAUCAGUUUCAUAAAAAACAUUCGUUUAUUGAAGAUGCUGGUACUACAUCAGCUGUUAAAGAAAGUCUAACACGAAACAUUCAGCUAGUUAAAAAAUCGUAUGAACCACGACGUCUUUUCAAACACAAAGACGGUUCUAUCAGAGAUGAAUCUACCAGGUUCCUUGGCACAGUUCUAGAAUAUGAAGCGCCUUUAUAUUAUUCUACAAAAACAUCGCCAACGACUGCCGUAUCAGACGAUAUCAAGGAUACUGAUAGGGAGAAUGAAUUAAAGGAAAAAGAAAACACAGAACAAUUAGCUGGAAAUCUAGCCGCUAUUGAGGAAAGUUCGGCUCGUUUAAGUGUCACAGCGGUGGGCAACAUCGUUGGAAUUCAGGCUCAAGAAAUUGCUAAAGUUGCUGAAAAAUAUGCAACGAUGUCAACGUCCGGAACGGAGGACCAUAGUGCUACGAGUUCUUCAGCAGCGUUCAUCGCAUUACAGAAACAAAAAGCAGUACUUCAAAAUCGAGUACGAAAAUUGACCAAAGAUAGAGAUAGUUUAUCUACUAAAGUAACGGAAUUAAUUGAUAAGUCAAACGAGUCUCGUUCGAAGCGGCAGACUAUCGAGCGUUCGUUAAAAAAGGCAGAAGAAAUGGGAAUUAAUGAACAUGAUAGUGUGUAUAAACGUUUGGAAGAACUACUCUUAGUACACGAUGGUUUGAAGGAACAAGAACACAAUUUUCGUGAGCAAUGUAAAUCAGAUUUGAAUCUUUUACGUGGUAAAUUGCAAGAAAUUGAAAGCGGUACGUCUGAAGAGGAGGAAGAUCGUUUGAAAGAGUAUGAGGAACAAAAGGAAGCAGUUACAAAAGUAAGAUUACAGUUGGCCAAAAAGAACAGAGCGAUCGCGUCUUUGACUAGACAGUUGGAUGAUGUUCCUGGUCGCUCUGAACUUACACAAUAUCAAAGACGGUUUAUGGAACUUUACAAUCAAGUUUCAGCCAAACACAAAGAAACGAAACAGUAUUACACAUUGUAUAAUACGCUUGACGAUACAAAACUUUAUUUAAGUAAAGAAUUAUCAUUAUUAAAUUCCAUCCAGGAUAAUUAUAAUGAAGCAAUGGCAUCAGCGAGUGGUAAGGAACAAUUUCUGAAGCAAUUUGAAGCGAUAGUUGCAGGUGUAAAACGCAACAAAGCUAAGGUGGAAAAAAGAUGUGCUGAUGAGAAAAACAGAAGGGAUGCUCUUAGCCGUCAACUUGCCACUUUGAUAGAACAACAACGCAAAUACGUUGCUGCGGUCAGGCAACUUACUAUUGAAUGUCGUAAAAAUGAGGCUUUGCUUGCACAGCUGCGUGAUUCGUACGCGCGAGGAUAA